AUGGGACGCGGUCGCGGAGGCUUCAGAGACGAGGGAAGACGGAUGGGAUUCAGAAGAUCAAGAGGCGACUACGGACCAGUGCUCGCCAGGGAAUUGGACAGCACAUAUGACGAGAAAGUUAAUAGAAACUACGCCAACAGCAUUUUCGUGGGUAAUUUGACUUACGAUUGCACGCCAGAGGACUUGAGGGAUCAUUUUUCGGAGGUUGGCGAAGUUGUGCGGGCUGAUAUUAUCACUUCUAGAGGUCACCACAGAGGUAUGGGAACAGUAGAAUUCACAAAUUCAGAUGACGUCGAUGAAGCUAUUCGCAGAUUCGACGGCUCUUACCUCAUGGAUCGCCAAGUCUUUGUUAGACAGGACAAUCCCCCUCCGGAGAGCGCCCGUGAAAGGCCACCAACUAGGGAUAGGAAGGAACGCAAGCCGGCAGGACAAUACGGUCAAUCACAAUAUCCAACAUACGAAGUCUUCGUCGCCAAUCUCCCAUAUUCCAUCAACUGGCAAGCGUUGAAAGACAUGUUUAAAGAAUGUGGUAACGUUAUUCGUGCUGACGUAGAGCUGGACCGUAAUGGAUACUCCAGAGGGUUCGGAACCGCUAUAUUCGGAACUCCUGAGGAGAUGCAAGCAGCAAUUGAGAGAUACAACGGCUUUGAGCUAGAAGGUAGAGUUUUGGAUGUCAGGGAAGGGCGUAACGCUCCCGGUCCUGAGCCUGUGGCCCCGGCGCCGGAGCCAGAAGCUCCAGAAGCGCCAGAAGCGCCACAGACAAAAGUGCUUACAGAGGGCGUCGUCGGCGGCGGCGAAAGGAAUAACAUGAUCUACUGCAGUAACCUGCCUUUCUCAACGGCUACUAGUGAUCUGUAUGAUCUUUUCGAAACUAUUGGCAAAGUAAACAAUGCAGAACUGAAAUACGAUGCGCAUGGUCAGCCAAUUGGCGUAGCCGUCAUCGAGUAUGCAAACAUUGAAGAUGCCGAUGUUUGUAUUGAGAGAUUGAACAGCUACAACUACGGUGGCUGCGAUCUAGACAUCUCCUACGCUAAGCACGAAUAA